UCUCCUUUCGGUGCACAACUGAAAACGUAAGCUUCGAAACGGCGCCAAAGCACUAAAAAGGCAAAAGAAACAAAAGAUCAUGGCGGCAACUGUCUCGUCACCUUGGGGCAAAGCCGGCGCGUGGGCUCUAGACGCCGAAGAGCACGAAGCUGAACUCCAACAAGAACAGGAAAGCGGCGUAGAUUCUUCGACCGGAAAGCUCGCCGAUUUCCCUUCUUUAUCCGCCGCCGCGGCCACCAAAACCAGGAAAAAGAAGGGCCAAACCGUAUCUCUUGCUGAAUUUACUCACGGUUCGGCUAAGCCGAGCGAGCCGACAGGGCGCACUCAUGAGGACCUGCUCGUUCUACCGACCGGUCCUCGCCAGCGUUCCUCCGAGGAGCUCGAUCGUAACCAGCUCGGCGGCGGUUUUAAAUCGUACGGGUCGAACAGGUACAAUUCUAACGGGGAUGAUUCGUCGAGUAAUAGUAGAUGGGGAUCUUCUAGGGUUUCGAAUAGAGAUUCGAAUAGAGAAAUUGCUCCCUCACGCGCUGAUGAGAUCGAUAAUUGGGCGUCGGUUAAGAAAUCGGCUCCUACCGGGAAUGGAUUCGGCGGUGGGUUUGAGAGGCGAGAUAGAGGGUUUUUCGAUUCUCAAUCGAAAGCAGAUGAAGUAGAUAACUGGGCAGCUAGUAAGAGUAAUAAAAGCCCUAAUGGAGCACCGCCGCCUCGGAGAUUUGGUGGGGGUUUUGAGAAAAGAAGCAGUUUCGAUUCACUUCAAUCCAGGGAUUCCCCAAGGGAUUUGGAUAACUGGGGAAAGAAAAAGGAAGAGAUCAACAGUGCUGGUGGUGGUGGGGUGAGGCCAAAGCUUGUGCUUCAACCACGUACGGUUCCCGUGAUGGAGGAGUGUAAAAAGGACUCGACGGUGGCCAAGCCCAAAGGGGCAAAUCCUUUCGGCGAGGCAAGGCCGAGAGAGGAGGUGUUGAAGGAAAAGGGGAAAGACUGGAAGGAGAUCGAUGAAAAGCUUGAAGCUAUGAAGAUUAAAGAGGCAGUAGCUGUUACAGAGAAAGAGAGAGGGGCAAAGGCAAGCUUCGGUAAUGGCCAUAUCCCGGCUGACAAGAGCUGGAGGAAGAGUGAACCUGUUGAAGCUACAGCUGAUGCUGAUCAUCAACCCCAAAGUGCUGAGGAAUCGGAGAAUGGCCAUGUUGCAGAGAAUUGAAGAUAGACACUGACAAAUGCGAAGCAUAGGUCCAUAGAAAGGGAGAAGAAGAGCUUCAUUUGAACUUUUUUGGAUGUCUUUCAGAUGUUGAGUUUUAGAUGAGACUUAUGUUUUUUUAAUGUUUUGUUGUGAUUGUUAUUACUGUCAAAUGCAGUAUUUGAACAAUUUUGAUAGGCCUUGAAUUAGUUGGCAUUGGCUUUUGUUAAACAUGGUCUUGUUUGUAGCAGUGUUUUUGUUAUUUUUUUCAUAGUUGCUCAUUUUCUUAGAGUUUUAUUAUUAAUUUUUUAUUGUUAAA